AUGAAUGUUGUGACAGCUAUUAAACAUUACAUUACUCGAAUGACUGAAGAAAGUGGACCGGGUAUGAAAGUUCUUUUAAUGGAUAAACAAACGAUAAGUAUUGUCAGUUUGGUGUACAGUCAUUCGGAAAUCUUGAUGAAAGAAGUGUAUCUUUUUGAUAAAAUAGACGCACAAGUACGUGGUGAAGAGCUUAGACAUUUAAAAUGUAUUGUUUUUAUCAGACCAACCAAAGAGAAUGUUGCUUUACUUUGCAAUGAAUUAAGAAAUCCAAAGUAUGGAAUUUAUUAUAUUUUUUUACUUUCUCUAAAAAAAUGUCCUUACAUUCGUUACCAAAGUAGUUCAGAUAUGGCCAAAAGACUGUCUGAAAAAAUACGUGAAGUACUAAUAAAAGAAUCUAAUUCAUUUAAAUUUAGACAGGAGUCAGAUCCGCUUUUAUUGAUACUCGACAGACGAGAUGAUCCAGUUACUCCAUUGUUAAAUCAAUGGACUUAUCAAGCUAUGGUUCAUGAACUUUUAGAUUUUCAAAGAAAAGCUAAAAAACAUCAAAAAGUUGAAAGUAUUGCAGAUAUGAAAAAUUUUGUUGAAGCUUAUCCAUUGUUUAAAAAAAUGUCUGGUACUGUUUCUAAGCAUGUAACAGUUGUUGGUGAGCUCUCUAAUUUAGUUGGUAAUCAUAAUUUAUUAGAAGUUUCGGAGACUGAACAAGAAUUAUCCUGUCAAAAUGAACAUUCCAAUCAACUACAAAAAAUAAAGAAAUUAUUAAACAAUCCAAAAGUACGUGAUAUUGAUGCGACGAGAUUAGUGAUGCUGUAUGCAUUGCAUUAUGAAAAGCACACAAAUAAUGAAAUAGGAACAUUAGUUGAAAUGUUAAAAAAACGAGAAGUUCCUGAAAAAUAUACAAAACUUGUCUACAGUAUUUUAGAGUACAGUGGAAUAAAUCAAAGGCAGAGUAAUUUAUUUGACCGUGAAGCUGUUGCGAAGAUAACUAAAAAAUUAUUCAAGGGUCUGAGCGGUGUUGAGAAUAUAUACACACAACACAAUCCGCUGCUCAGUGAAACUCUGGAAGAUCUCAUAAAAGGAAAAUUAAAUACUCAAACUUUUCCUUAUUUAGGACAAAUGACCAUGACUAAAAGGAUUCAAGAUGUAAUUGUAUUUAUAAUUGGUGGCGCGACUUAUGAAGAAAGUUUGGCAGUACAUAAUUUAAAUAAACAAAAUCCGAGUGUAAAAAUAAUACUAGGAGGCACAACGGUUCAUAAUUUUGAAAGUUUUUGCAAUGAAAUAAUAUCAGCGACUACUGGAAUUGUACCGAGAUAUAGAUCUCGAAAUAAUUAA